AUGGGCGCCUUCGACAGGCUGAUGUGGCAUUUUGACCAGGGCGUCACUGGGCUCUUUGGUCAAUGGAAUGGCUACACGACUGCCAUCACCACCUUGCUGGUGGUGCUUGUCUCGUACCAGAUCUUCACGCGCAAAGACCCAGACACCCACCCGAUGCUCCUGGCCCGUCAAGCACAGGCGUCCCCGGUUCGACAGGAGGGCGAAUCUCCCGUCUACCGAUCUCACAACUCCCCGCAUGGCAUGCCACUCAACUCCGGCUUGAAUGUGAAAGAUCCUGGCGCCUCCAAGUGGUCGAGGGGCCGUGAUGGCGACCUCAGAGAUAUUUGGAGACAGGCUGUCAAUGGCACAUCGGUGGACGGAGGUCCGGUUGGGAGGGGCAAGAUCUUGACUGUCCUGGGGAGCGAGAAUGUCGUGGAGCACAGCCUAGACGACAUCACUCGUCAAAUCAACCUCAUCGGACAGCACAUACUCGACCAAGGUGGUAAUCGCGUCGCCAUCUACCUGCCCAACUCAGUCGAGCUUAUCGCAACUCUCUUUGCAUGUGCCUUUUAUAACCUAACAGCUAUUGUGAUACCUUUUGAUCAGCCCGAGGAGUCUAUCAUCUCUAUGCUGCGCCGGUCAGCUGCAGAUACAGUCGUUACCGCACCCGGCUCGUUCCCCUUCGAUAGUGUUGUGAAGAGCUAUCCGGCACUUCGACAGCUGGUCUGGGUCGUUGACGAAGGUAGCAGCCACCUAGACUGGAACGAGGUGCCCAAGGGCAUGGGUGGAAGUGUUAACGUCUCAACCUGGCAGGAGAUCAUACAAGAUUAUCCUGUGGAUGCUGGAAAAGAGCUUCCUCCUCUGGAGGGCCAGAAGGAGGCCCGAGAUAUCACGAUUUUCUGGGAUUCAAAGCCAGACGUUAUGGAGGAAAUGGUUCGUUUCACCAGUGCAAACCUCGUCUCAGCCGUCGCCGCUCAACUUUUCGCUGUCCCUACAUCUCAGAGGCUAGGACCUUCGGACCUGUUUCUUCCAGCAGACUCACUCGCUAAUACUCAUACGCUGGUCCUUACUCUCGCGGCGCUGUUUUCCAACUCAUCGGUUGCGUUCAACUCUGUUGCUGGCAAGUCUAGUGAUCUGGCUGUGGCCACCCGUGGCAUUGCUCCCACUGUCAUUGUUACCACCCCAGCUGCACUGCUGCAGACUCACGAGGAGACAAGUCGUGGUCUGACGGGCUUCCUGGCCAGCAAGGUACACUGGCUUCAAACACAAAGCCUAACCCAGAGCGGCGUUAUGCCCACCGCUUCGCUGCUCACGAGUCUGAACGACAGCGCACGCCCAGCACUUGGUAGAACACCCGGCAAGCUCCGCCUCAUUUAUGCCGCUGAGCGAGUCGGGGCCGACACUCCUCACCUCUCCUCGGCUGUCUUGUCUGACUUGCGAGUCUACACGGGGGCAAGAGUUAUUUAUGCUCUCGCCGCACCCAAGGUUGCUGGUGCCGUUGCGCAAACUGGCUUCUACGACUACCGUGUCGAGAACGAUGAGUGCUCUCAUUUCGGACCGCCUGUGACAAGUACAGAGAUUCUCCUUAGGGACUCUGGUGACCAUAAGACCACUGACACCGAUAUACGCGGGGAGAUUAUUGUUAGGGGUCCUUGUGUCGCUGGGCAGGAAUCUGCAUUGGGCGUAAUGGGAAAGAUCCGUGAUGACAACACGCUUGCUUAUGCCUAG